AUGCCACUGCGCCAUCCCUUCCGCUACCUGAUCUUCAGUGCAUUGCUCGCCGGCGGUGCUUUGGGUCAACGACCCUCUCCAAAGAAGUUUCCGGGGUCCUGCAGAAUGGAGAACCAGCUGUACGUCUCCCAGGCGACCUUCAACCAAAUUUCCUGCGCCCGGUGCUACAAGUACAUGGCAAACUUGUCUUUCAAGAACGGAAGUAGACUCACGUACUGUCGGUCGGGCAAGUUGUGCCGGGACUGUGAAACACCCACAGAGUGCUACGUUCCCUACGGCAACCAGAGCGACGUCGAAGUGUACGACACCUUCAAGAAGAAGCUGUUCGCCGAGCGGUGGGAGUCUUGCUGCCGGGCCGCCAGGGAGUGCUGCGACGAAAUGCUGAGCGGAGAUGCGGACGCCACGUCUUCCCCAAGGGAGGGGCUAUACUGUCCGGCUACUUGGGACGGCUGGACCUGCUACAAGGACACGCCGGCUGGAAUGACAGUGCAGAAACCUUGCCCUUUCCACGCAUACUACAUCACUGAGAAGCCUCAAUGCAUCAAGAUGUCGAAAAAAAUUUGUUGGGAGAACGGAACUUGGUACUACAACCAGGAGUUCGGAAAGGAGUUCACGUUUUACGACUGCGGCUCCCUUGAGUACCACCGUUCUAUGACCGUGUUCUCCAUCGUACUCCAUUCUCUCUCCGUGAUAGUGCUGGUGCCCGCUAUCGUCAUCUUCUCCGUAUACAAGCAGCUUCAGGUGCAUCGAAUAUCGCUGCACAAGAAUUUCUGCGUGGCCAUGGUUCUAUACGACAUCAGCGUCAUCCUUGUCGACUCGCUUUUCAUCCUUGACCACGUCAACGAGGAAAAAAAUAUCAGAGUUCACCAAAGUCCGGACCUGUGCAAGGUUCUUUACACACUGUCCCGAUACUUCCGUUUGUGCCAGUAUGCAUGGAUGUUUUGCGAGGGAUUCUACCUCCACAAGCUGAUUGCUUCCGCCUUCGCCGAGCAGAAAUCCUUGCUCAUUUUCUACGUAGUCGGAUGGGGUUGUCCCGCUAUAUUUGUGACCAUCAGCGCUGUUCUGAGGGCCAUGCGUUUGGGGCACCCUUGUUGGAUGGAUAACGUCGAGGGCUACAACUGGAUCACCCUGGCUCCUGGUCUCUUUUGCCUUUUUGCCAAUUUCCUCUUCCUGUGCAACAUCAUCAGAGUUCUGGUCACCAAACUCCGAAGCACCCACGCCAACGAACCGAGCCAAUUUCGGAAAGCGGUGCGCGCGGUGCUGGUCCUGUUUCCCCUGUUCGGGAUGCACUUCCUCAUGACCGUGUACAGAAGUCCGGCAAACUGCGGGGCUUGGGAGGUGUACCAGUACAUCAGCAAAGCCUCGGACGGCCUGCAGGGAUUCUUUGUAGCUGUUAUAUUCUGCUAUCUCAAUGGAGAGGUGCUGUACCUGCUGAAACGUUCCUACGGGAGAUAUCGCCUGCAGCGCGGCUUCUCGAGUCGACGGGGCCAAAGCAUGGCGAUGACUCGUAUGUCAGUCUCGACGCACGUGUCCUCGGUGGGUGACAACUCGAACCCCAACAACGGAUCCAUCAAGAAGUACGCCUGCUCCCGCAAUGGCGACGCGAUCCUCGAAGAGCAAGUCUGGAACUGAAUACGCCAGAGGCUCAAACAACAUCGAUGUCGAUGGGAAUCUUCGAAGCUAAACAAUCUGGUGCUGCGGCGCGGAAGGUGCUUUCUUUUCAAGGCUUAAACCAAACAACUCAUCUGAAUACCUCGGGAAAGCAAUCGCACUCAACAGCCUUAUAACUGCGAGAAAACAAAACAAAAGGGAAAUGAUUACAUUCAGCGAAAUCGAGGGCGUCUUAGAGUAAAUCUUGAGGAGGCUUUGUCAUGCUUCUGUCACUCGUGUUCUUAGUUUUAUUUUCGAUAUUCUCAGCUGACGUAUUCAAAAGUCAUUAUUUAUUCUGGUGAGCAUCCUUGUAAACGAAACUUGACUGAGUAUGACCAUGUUCUGGUUACCCAAAAAGCAGCUCACUUGAUAAUCUAUUUGCUUCCAUUGAGUGGACGCCUUUUAUAUGCUGCAGCUCGCAAGCAACCUGUUCUUCAGUAACAUAUUCUUGACGACUAAACCUUAUUGAAGGAGGUUAUAAAACAUUUAUUAUACAAAAAAAAAAUCGCAUUUUUCGUAUCUGUAGUCUCGGUGAGUUGCCUGAAGAUUUGCCAUUAUUCACUAAUAUAGCUCAAUUUAAUUUUACUCAAAUUCACUCGGGGUUAAUCGUAACGUAAAAAAACACCAUACUAAACUCCGAACCAAAGUGCAAUCAAGAAACUGUAUAUAGUUAUGGAGUAGGAUUGCGGUGCAUAUUGAAUAAGAAAGCUUGUUCGGAAGCACUGACAACACAGUUGAUACAGGGAAAAUAGAACGGCAUGCAGGGCUAGGAAAAUGAUACCUACCAACACAAAAGGUCCGCAGUACGGCUCACAGUCUUUGUUCGAACGAAAGAAAAAUGGUAAACGUUCACUUUACGGAAGAAUCCCGCCCCGCAGACGGCCGAAACGUAUUUCCGACGUGUGUGUUCUGAUUGUGUUGUAUAUGUGUACCCGACACAGUGAGUGACAAAGUGCUUGCCAUUUUUGGACGCCAAGCGAGGAACAAGAGGACCAGUCGCAGGAUAACACGUCUCAUGUGAAGUUGUGUAUUUCCAUGUUAUGUUAGACAUCCCAUUCCUUCGGCUGUGUUAAUAAUUUCUGGGACAUCAAUAGUUUCAAGGUGAAGGCUUUGCGUUUGGAACGACGGAAUGCCUUACGUUUUGAACGAUGCCUUAGCCUUAGCGGGCAUGCCUUUUAUUUAUGAUUUAUUGUAAAAAAUUGUUUUUGCGUUACUGUCGACAAUUGAAUUAUCUUUAUUUGAUGUGGUCACCUACGAAUAUGUGUGUUUGACCGUCUAAUCGUACGAUCGCGAUCGAUAUCUAACACCAUUAUGUCCAAAGACUCAUGCGCUAGUCGGCUGACAAAACAAUAAUCUUACUCAUUGGUGUGAAUGCACAUCAGGUUACUUCAUAAAGACCACUACACAUCGGAACUUGGUCACACUCCCUUAUUCGACCACUUUCUAUGCCUCUUUUCAUGAACUAGUUAAUCAUUUUAGCGUUAGAAAGAUCUACUCAUACCGGUUCGUAGCAUGAUGAUAACCUUGUCCUCAUCCUCUCGUCUGUGUGUAAAGCUGUACGUAACAAAUGAUUCUCAUCAAUAUUACUCACAGUCCAUUUGUGUUUUUUCUUUGCUAGUUAGGAAGAGACUGAUAUCCACUCUCAACGUGCUCGUUCCGAAAAUGUCUGUUCCUUAACUCACCUGUGUUUUUUUAAUAAAUCAAGGACGGCUUUGUUGUGUUCUGCAUGUAACUAAUAAAAUAAAAUAUAUCAUGUUUACCGAAUGAAUAAAUAUGAUAGUGUGGCGGA